CCCGGAGCGAGCGCAGCACCCGACCGGCUCCGCGGGCCGCCGCGCAGACAGACGCGGGCUGGCGCUGGCCCCAGGGCCGCCAUGGAGCCCCUGUUCCCGGCCGCCGCCGCACCGGGCUGGAACGCCUCCUCCCCCUCCCCCUCCUCUUCCUCCUCGGUGGCCGCCCCUGCAGGCAGCCACAACGGGACACUGGCGGGACUGGCGCCCUCGGCCGGGGUGCGGGCGGUGCUGGUGCCCGUGCUGUACCUGCUGGUGUGCGCCGUGGGGCUGGGCGGCAACACGCUGGUCAUUUACGUGGUCCUGCGCCACGCCAAGAUGGCCACGGUCACCAACGUGUACAUCCUGAACCUGGCCGUGGCCGACGUGCUGCUCAUGCUGGGGCUGCCCUUCCUGGCCACGCAGAACGCCGUCUCCUACUGGCCCUUUGGCCCCUUCCUGUGCCGCCUGGUCAUGACGCUGGACGGCAUCAACCAGUUCACCAGCAUCUUCUGCCUGACCGUCAUGAGCGUCGACCGCUACCUGGCCGUGGUGCACCCGCUGCGCUCGGCCCGCUGGCGCCGCCCGCAGGUGGCCAAGCUGGCCAGCGCCGCCGUCUGGGCCUUCUCGCUGCUCAUGUCCCUGCCGCUGCCGCUGUUCGCCGAAGUGCAGGAGGGCUGGGGCACCUGCAACCUGAGCUGGCCGGAGCCCGUGGGGCUGUGGGGCGCCGCGUUCAUCGCCUACACGUCCGUGCUGGGCUUCUUCGGGCCGCUGCUGGUCAUCUGCCUGUGCUACCUGCUCAUCGUGGUCAAGGUCAAGGCGUCGGGCGUGCGGGCGGGCUGCCCGCGGCGGCGGCGCUCAGAGCGCCGGCUCACGCGCAUGGUGGUGGUGGUGGUGCUGGUGUUCGUGGGCUGCUGGCUGCCCUUCUUCCUGCUCAACAUCGUGAACCUGGCCGUGACGCUGCCCGAGGGCCCCGCCUCCGCCGGCCUCUACUUCUCCGUGGUCGUGCUGUCCUACGCCAACAGCUGCGCCAACCCCGUGCUCUACGGCUUCCUCUCCGACAACUUCCGCCAGAGCUUCCGGAAGGUUCUGUGCCUCCAUAGGGGCUACGGCGCCGAGGACGCGGACCCCGUGGAGAAGGGUGCGCGGCCGCGGGAGGCCACGCUGCCCGCCCCUGGCCCAGAGGCCAACGGGCUCAUGCAGACCAGCAGGCUGUGAUGGCCAUGGCGGCCUGGAGCCCAUGGUGGGCGCUGCCCUGUCUCCUGCCUGUGCCCACCACCCCGGGACGUAGGGGCUGAGCUGCCCCCGGCCUGGGGCCCGCGAGCCUGGAUGCCGUGUGGAGGGGGUUCCCAGACCAGGCCGUGAGGGGCAGCGCCCUCAGCCUGCUCUCGGGCCGGGAAGGUGGGGGUUGUGACGGGCUCUCCCCAGGGUGUCUCCACCCUCCCCUCCCACCCCCAGCCCGGGCCUCUGGAUCCAGGAGAAGGACGCCCAGAGGGGAGCCGUCUGCUGGGACACGAGGUGCAACUGGGCGUCCUGCACAGGGUGGCUGUGCAUCCCUGGCCAGCACCAGUGCCGCCCUGGGAGGGGGCUCCCCGCUUGGCUCAGCCGCCACCUGCGUCUGAGUGCCCGGUGGGUGAGGGGCGGUGGGGCAGGGCGAGUGGGGACGUACAGGAGGCCUCACUUCUGCUGAGGUCCAGCCGGCGGGGGCAGGGGGCGUGUGGAGGGCAGGGCACUGUCUCCUGCUUCGGGACAGCGGCUGGGGGGACGGGCAGAUUGGGGCGGCCGAGGGCUGUGUCUGUAUAGGGAGCAGACGCAGGGCCCCCGAGGAGUCCUGCGUCCCCAGCCCCGCUGCCCCGCGCCUGUGUGCCCGAGCCUUCUGGGCCUGGCCCCAGAGGCCCCGCUUGAGCGUCUGUGGUCUGCCUGGUGCCCCCAGGAGGACAGACGGGGUCACUGCCCAGUGCUGGCCUCAGCACUGACCCCGGACGCAGGUGUGAGGAGAGCCCGCGAGCUGGACAACCUGCUCCCUGGACGACUUGGAAAUAAAUGUUUGAUUCUUUCCCAAAGCAAACACUGCUCCCGGAGCCGAGGGCAGCAAAGCAGACACCCUCCCGCCCCGGCCUGGGCAGCGCCAGACA